UUAUGUUUUCUGUGAAAUGAAACUUAGUGCAGCACAGUCCUCAGACUGAACACUGGUGGACCUAUACAAAAGAGAUCCCGUGACAUAAGUUUCAUUACUCCUUCUUGUUACUCUUAAGUUUCUCCUAAAAUGGUGUCAUCUAGAAUUUGCUUUGUCAUCUGGACUCUGCUGUCACUUCAUGUUACACAGGGCUGGAAUCUAUUUGAUGUCCAGAAAAAGGGACCACCUCGUGAGGGUGGAUUGCGGUUGGUGGGAGGUGACCUGCCCAAUAAAGGUCGUGUGGAGGUGUACCAUGAUGGCCAGUGGGGGACAAUCUGUGAUGAUGAUUGGGACCUGAAUGAGGCCCAGGUAGUGUGCCAGCAGCUUGGUUUCCCUCGAGCUGUCUCAGCCAUAGCAGGAGGGACAUAUGGAGAAGGUUCUGGUCCUAUUUGGCUUGAUGAUAUGAAAUGCAAGGGAUCAGAGAGAUUUUUGUCCAGCUGUCAUUUUAAAGGCUGGAGUGUUACUGACUGUACUCACAAAGAGGAUGCAGGGGUGGUCUGUGAAAGUGGAGAAGAUAUGGACGACAACCGUAUGUUCAAAAUGGACCACAGCCUGGGCCUCUCUGAAGAGCUUGGGAGACUUUUUGAUAGUGGGGACAACUGUGAUUUCAAUAUUCUGGUCCGUGACCCCAGUGAAGACCAAGCUGGACAGAAGACAAUUUGUGUCCAUAGGCUAAUUUUCUCUCUCUACCCUCAGUUUAAUAUCUCUAAUAGUUCCAACAACCUCACAGUUGAAAUUAGCCAAACCUGCCAUCCCCAUAUCUCCAGCUUCUUAAGGUAUCUGUACACACGCAAGGUUGAUGUCACCAUCUCUUCAGCUCAGUGCCUGCACCAGCUAGCUUAUAUCUAUCAGUUUCAGCAGCUUUUGGAGGAGAUAGGCAAAGUCUUUACUUCAUUCAUUCCUCAGGACAGUACUUUCCAUACCCAAGUGUCCCUGUAUGAAUAUGGUGUCCGUACAAAGGACAUGCUGCUUCAGGAAAAUGUUCUUCAGUACCUCUCCUGGAAUUUUGAAUUUCUUGUUAAUGCUCCAGUAUGGAAAACUGUCUCCAUACACAUGAUGAAGGCACUUCUGUCUCGUUCAGACUUAGUGGUGAAGGAUGAGUUUUUUGUGCUACAGACCCUAGAAGACUCAAUCAAAGAGAAAGGAGAGACAGUUAGUUUAGAAGACAAGGUCAACCUACUGAGUCACAUUCGCUUCUCCAUGAUUCCAGUAGAAAAACUUUAUGAUAUUCAGUUCAGCUCAGGCAUGUACCAAAGCAGUGAAGCAUUUUACCAAAGGGCUUUGCUGAAAGGCUUCCUAUUCAAUACACUGCCUUUCUCAAAGAUCAAAGAGCGUUUUAAUAACUUUGAAGACUAUCUGCCCAGGAUCUACACUUCUGAGCCAUGGAGCACUGUCAUCAAUUACACUUCCAACACUGGCUCUAACAAUUACCGUGGCCAUCCUUAUAAUUAUGGGUAUAAUUCUGUCUCAUUUACGACUCCUGCCCAUAACAGUGUGAUUUACAAGCACCAAACAAUUAAUUGGUUAGUGCAGAUUCUUCAAAAUAGUUGGGAAUGUUCUAACCAAGGUUUCUCUUGUGACUCUUUGCCUGUAGCCAGACUCUAUAGCCAAAACAGCCUGAAUAAUUAUGAGCACACUAUUCGCUUCAACAACAAGCUGAUUCUCUCAUGUAGGGCUGAAAACAUUGUGUUCCAUGUCCAAGAUUUUAAAACUGGUAAAGCUAUAGUUCCAACCAACAGCACUAUGGGUCUGCCCCAUCCCUGCCCUAAUGAGUAUAGCUUUACUUUUGUUGUGCGUCCAGAGUACAUCUGAUUACAUUCUCCUGUACAUGGGUCUCUGCUAGCAUUUUUGUUUAAAUUUUUCUAUCAAAUUAUUAGCACGUCAAUGUUAGUGAUUUCUUUUAGUAAUUCAGUAAACAUUUCUUAUCUGUUAAUGUGAAAAAAAAUUAACAUGAUCAAAUUAAAGGUUGCUGAACUUCAGCAUGCAAACUC